AUGGGGGCUGUCAGGGCAGUAGUCCCAUCUGACCUCUAUGGUCUGCUUUUCCUACCUGUAGCUGCCCUUAUCCCCCAAUGUGAGCCUGAUCAAACGAUAGGCGGCACCUUCAAAGAUGAACAAUCGAGAAUAAUGACUCAAGCACUUAGAAAAAUUCAUUACUCAUUAAGCCAAUCUCGAACUCUUAUUGUUUUUCUUAAUCAGGUUCGGUUAAGUCCGAGAUCAGGGCAAGGUUUUGGACGAGUGGAUGAGGUCACAUGUGGUGGAAAUGCAUUGAAAUUCUAUGCAUCUGUACGACUGAAGAUGAUAAGAAAAGCAUUGCUCAAGACGGAGGAUAAGGUAACUGGUCUUGGGGUUCGCGUACAAGUUGUGAAAAAUAACCUGGCACCUUCGAUGAAAAUGGCUGAACUGGGAAUACAAUUUGGGAGAGGCUUUUGCUGGGAGUCUGAGGUCUUGGACUUGGCUUGUGAACAUGGAAUCAUCAUUAAAGAAGGAAGCAAAUUCCUAAUAAAGGGAGAAUUUUUCAGUGAUAAACAUCAAGCUGAACAGUAUUUGGCUGAAAACAAUGGAAUCCUCGAUAAGAUAGUCAUGAUCUUACGAAGAGAGUUGUUUGAAAGAAAGAGAAACAGUUUAGGUCCUCAGUGGAUGAGUAGUAUUCAAAUAUAGUAAAAGCCUGGACGUCAAAGGAGCCAGCCACCUUCGGAGACACGGAGAGACCCGAAGGGUGUUUGGAUUUGAGAUUACAAGUGUUAAGGUAAAAGGGUUGCACUAGAUUUGAAUUCAUGAGCGUACAGGGACACCAACAUCUGAAGUUGACAUAAUCGGCAGACUGUUGGAACAAAAGGGGCUCCAAAUCAAAAUAGUGAGAGAAAGUGUGUUUCAAGGCAUGUUACAAAUGAGAGUGACUCGGAAUCAAGCCCUCAUGGCAACCCAAAGGCAACAACACCACCAGGCCAACUAUUGUUUUCUGAACAAUUAUAGACCCAAAAUAUAAUAAACCUCACAAACUUUCCAUAUUUUCUCUCUUUCCAAAAUAAUUCACAACUUCCAAAAACAACCCAAAAAUAUUAUUAAUAAAUUUAAUAUAUAACUAAUUAUUUUGAAAAUAUUUCUAACAAAGACACCUUCUGUUACUUCAGAAGACAGCCGGUUGAGUGGGAUUUCUUUUGCUUGCCUUCUGAGUCAACUCUGAUGUGGGUUAAUUCGCGUUUGACUCUUUAACUUGUUAAUCUUUUUGUGAUUUUUAUUAGUUACAAAAUCUUGUAAAGUUAUUGUACAAGCAAAGAACAAUAAAAACAUC